AACGUUUAACUACUGAAACACAGUAAAUAAUUUUUCUUCUGCUAAAAAUCUCAUUGCAAAAUGCAGAGAAUUUUCAUUUCUAAAUUUCGUCCCCUAUUGUGUGAUAUUACCAAGUGGGGUGCUAUAGCUCCCAUGCUGGCGGAGACACGUUCUUUUCAGGCAUCGCCGGAUCUAAUGCAAAAGGGUGGAGUCGGUCCAGGAAAAUUGACUCCCAAAAUGGCCAAGCUACAACAGCAAUUCCAGGCAGAUAAUGACAAGCCCGUUUUCCUGAAGGGUGGAAGCAUGGACAGUAUUCUAUACAGACUUACUCUGAUACUCGCCGCCCUCGGCACUAUUGGCGAUUUCUGGUUAUUUUUCGGCUACAUUGCAGCCUAAAAUUAUAUCCUAUAAAUACUGAACACUGGUAUAGUUGAAUGACAUUUAAUACAAGUUUACAAUGUGUUCAAUGACUUUUACAUCUUUCAUUUUCAAUUUAACACACGUACUGCAGCAUCUCAUUCCCAAACAAUAAACAUGACAUUAGCAUAA